AUGGCCCAUUUCCUGCGGUGGCGGCGGCUUGUGUCUCCAAACUCCUCCACGGCACGGCGUUUCACGGCCGCACCCCAACUCGUCGCCUUCCCCGUCCUUCCCGCCGUCGUGGAGAGGAGGUCACGCGGCUGGCUCCCGCCGCUUCCGGACGGUUCGGUCUCCCAGCUUCCCCGAAACUUGCGAAGCAGUCGAGGCAUUUUGUAUCAAGGUCAUGUUAAUCGGCAUUCGACACCAGUGGUGACUCCUACUGUAUUAUCCUUGCGGAAUGUCCUUUUGUCAACUACAACAAGUGGUGAUCAGGAUGAAAGCAGUCAGGCAAAGGAUAAAAUCUCGGUAACAUUUGUCAACGAGGAUGGCUCAGAAAAGACAAUAAGUGUUCCAGUUGGAAUGUCCAUGUUAGAAGCCGCUCAUGAAAACGACAUAGAGCUUGAAGGAGCAUGUGAGGGCUCACUUGCGUGUUCUACUUGUCAUGUAAUAGUAAUGGAUGUAAACUGUUAUAACAAGUUAGAAGAUCCAGCGGAUGAAGAAAAUGAUAUGCUUGACCUUGCAUUUGGGCUCACAGAAACGUCUCGCCUCGGCUGCCAAGUGAUCAUGAAGCCUGAACUUGAUGGUAUCUGGCUGGCAUUACCUGUAGCCACAAGAAACUUGCAGUAG